AUGAAGUUUUUCUGUGUCAAUCUAAAUUGCUUCAAGCGCCUCCGCUGCGACUGCAGCGAUGACGAGCAGGACCAGGAGGACACCUCCUCCUCAUCCGCCCAAUCAGCCAUUUCCCUAGUUGACAUGGAACCCAAGGUCGUGACGAAGCCCGUCACGCUGGCUUACCCUAAGAAGGCGGCAGACAAAAGUCCAGAAGUCACCUUCACCCAAAAAGAAGUCAUCCCCCCUAAAAGGAGGGUUAGCUUUGCUCCAACUCUCCCCAAGAACCUUGAAAGCAGCAGUGAUGAGCAAUUCACCCCACUCCCGUCACCAUUAAUUGAUCCUCACACGGGCAUCACACCUGAAAUGAGUGAUGUCGAUAUUGACAGUUCUGAAAACAGUGAUAUUGACAUGGAAGAUACCGAGCGCCUCGGUUCGGCCUUCCCUCCAGAGGAUUUGUUGGACCAGUCUCUAGAGGAUUUGCUAGGCUACUCUGCGGGCCCGUCCAAUAGUAGGUUCUACAUCGAACGAAAGAAGACUAACAUGCCGGUCCUCGACCCUGAAAGUGAAUCCGAGUCCUCGAAUGAUGGUCACUUGUACUUUGGUUCUGCGAAGACCCGUGCUCGUGCCUCCGAACUCCCGGCAGAUACCCAGGCCUCUGAUAGCAGAAAGCGGGCAAAUACCGAGGAGCCUGAGUCUCCAGCUAAGCGUCUGCGUCUCUUGGAGAGAGACCAUACGGGGACUCUGAUGGAGGAGGAGAUAAUGGAGUUGGCAGAGGACCUUUGCUACCACGAGGCCAAUCAGCCAAAGGAGCUUGGGGAGCAUGGCCAAGUUGACGAUGGUUCUUUCCACACGCUUGAGGACUUGUAUCACGAGCCUACGGAUGCAGAACUCGCCGUUUACCGAGCAAAAGGUGCUCAACUGAUAGCUUGGUUAGAAGACCCGAACGAACCAGGCUGCAACAUUGCCCCAACAACGGCCUCCCUGGAUGACUUGCUCAACGCCACGCCGCCAGAUCAUUUCGAAAUCGGUGACGCUCAUUUUACAAAUCCGGGCGAUGUUAUGCUGGGAGGCGAACCGGAGACGGUGGGGCUCAUUCCCUAUGGUUCCCGUUACCGCCGUGUAGCGAUUUCAAGCAAGGUCACGAACCAGGCAGUUCUAGAGGCAGCUGGUCGUGAUCACGCAAAUAAUAGCUACAAUCAUCUAACCGGACCGGGACUUCUUGUGGCCUAUGCCAUUUUUAGGUACGAUAACGUUCAGUGGAAUGUGGCCGCUAGGGCCGUAUACAAGCUAGACUAUGAUAUGGAAACUUUGAAGUAUAUCAUGUUCCACCACGUCGUCAAUGAGGAAACUCAGCCGUAUAUUCUUCGGGUCAUCUACCCCAGACGUGGACUUGAGUUUGAUAAGUCGAGCGAGGCGCCAUGUCUGAAAGUCGAACGUGGCACCCGUGAGUUUGAAGAACUGCUCGGCACAAAGUUGGGCAAAGCAGCUGCCAUCCUUCUCAUAUCAGCUCUCCCCAGAGGUACGAGACGUAUCGCUCGAGCAGUCAUUUGGAAUUCUGUUUACAAAGUUCAGGUAAGAUUCGAGCUUGAGCCCUGUGAUCCAAAUGAGGUGAUACCUGAAGUUCGUCUACCACCACCAAAUUCCGAAACUCAAGAACGUGAAGCGGCUUUUGACCUUGCAUCAUAUUUUGGUCCUCAAGCAUAUACUGGUACUGAAACAGUUGUUGCAGAGGAAGAAGUUGAAGAUUCUGGAGAUUCUGAUGAAUAUGCAGGAAGCGAAUAUUGGCAGGAAUGA